AUGGAGAAGUGUGCAGAAUCACCACCUACCUUGCAGGUAGAGCCUUCCUUUCCUUGGGGAGAUAAUGUGAUGAUGCAGCGACACAUGCAACAUCUAUCAGAGGAUAAUCCUACUCUGAAGAGCCAAGUCAUGCCUCCUGUGACUACUGCAGUGACAUCUAUACCCUACUCACUGGAACAUCAUACUGAGUUUCAUAGUGAAUCUUCUAAUCUCUCAGGGUUUCUGGCUCAAGUGACUACCUACUUGUCACCUCUCAAAUGUCCUAAUCCUACAGAAGAUGCAGAGGUGAAGCAUUUUUGUGAUGUCCCAAUUCACCAGGUUCAAAGGUGUGGUAUCAUAUCAGGGUCUGACCAUAGUGCUGUCCUACAGCAAUAUGAGAACUUUGUUCUUGAGUUCCAGAAGUCAUUUGAUGAACCCAUGCAGCAAGAAAUGAACCCUCUGAUCUUUGCUGACGCUGACAAAGAGAACAACUCCUCUCAGCAGGAUGCUGGUACUUUCCAGGGCUUUACCCUAAACAUGAACUGUAAUGUGACCAAUACAAAUCAGAGUAAUCAAUUUCAAGAGGGAUUGGCUGGCCCUAUCCAAGUUGAAAGCAGUAUCACAGAUAUGAUGAACAAUCUCCCAGACUUGAUCACACAGUGCAUUCAGUUGGAUAAGAAAUAUGACAAGCCAGAGCUCCUACAGUUAGAAACACAGGUCCCAGAGUUGCCUUCCCUGAUCUAUGACAAAUCCCUCUCCAGACCUACAGUUUUACCAUCCAAAGAAGAGCAUACACAACUUCGAGGAGGCCAUAGGCUUCUCACUCCAGCCAAAAGAGCCCGCCAGCAAGAAACUCAGUUGUGUCUUUACUGUAGUCAGGCAGGUCAUUUCACAGAAGAUUGCCUUGCCAAGCGUUCUCGAAGCCCCAGCACAGACAACCUAGCUCACCAGUAA